AUGGUCAACGUGCCGGUUCCCGAACUGAUCGCCGAGCACGUCAAGAACAACACGGACUUCGGGAAAGCCAUAAAGGCCGCCCUUACCGCCGACGAGAAGGUCUCCGACGUGCCGAUCGCGCACUUCGUUCUGCGAGAGCUCAAGGGCAUCGGCGACAAAUCGUUCAUCGUCACCGGCUUUCCGAAGACGUACCGUCAGGCGAUACUCUUGUGGAAGGAUCUCGAGUUUAAUUUUGUGAUUAACCUGGAUUACCCGAAGGAAUACCUUGUCCGUUUCAAAGUGGGGGGAGUAGAUGAAAGCGGUACCGAGGAAGAGAAGGAGAAGCGAGUGGCGCUGGCAAUGGAGAACAUAGCCAAGGAUCAGAAGAGGCUCUCGUCUCUAAUAGAGUUUUAUAAAAAGCAGAAGAUUCUGCAACAUUUUUACAGUAACACCGAAGAGGAGAUGUGGAAGAAGGUGAAAAAGGGGGUGGAGGUGCGACUUGUGGCUUUAUCUAAAACAUAA